AUGAAGAGAAUUGCAAUUUUCCUCUUUGCUCUCGUUCUUCUCGCUUACGCUAAGAACUGCAAGGUGGACCGAGACUGUAAACAAGGGGAUAAAUGCAGUGAUGGAACUUGUGUUUAUAAUUCUGCAUGCGAGAUGAGGAACAUAUACCCUCCGGAAGGAUGCAGAGUGGAGACAAGUGUGGAUGACAGAAAUUGCCCAGUCAACAAGGUUAUUUGUUAG